GUGUUCGACGUGCGCCUGAACGGUCACACUGUAGUGAAGGAUCUAGACAUCUUUGAGCGCGUCGGCCACAGCACAGCACAUGACGAGAUUGUGGCCUUCUCCAUAAAAAGGGGCAAGCUGAGCGUACAGAGGGAAGUCUCAACCUUCAAUGGCAAACUCACAGUAGAAUUUGUGAAGGGUUACUACGACAACCCCAAAGUGUGCGCACUGUAUGUGAUGAAGGGGACAUCAGAUGAUGUGCCAAAGCUGCAGCCUCACCCUGGCAUGCUUGACAAGCAGCAGCCCGAGGACCCGGAGGAGCCCGAGGAGGCGGAGCUGCCGGAGGAAGGUGGCGUGCCCAAGGGUGCCUCGGCCGCCUCCAAGAACCGCGUGCAGUCGGGCCCACGCACACCCAACCCCUACGCGGCCGACAACAGCAGCCUCAUGUUCCCCAUCCUGGUGGCCUUCGGAGUCUUCAUCCCCACCCUCUUCUGCCUCUGCCGGCUGUGAGAGGAGCCGAGGAGCUGUGGACAACCCCUGGAGGGAGGGAGGGGAGGUGGAGGAGGAGGAGCAGAGAGGAAAGGGCAUAAUAGGAAGGCAAGCAAGCAAGCAGAUGGACCAUUAUG